AUGAAAGCGGUUGGACGACUGCUGAUAAUUUCGUAAAUUAUCUAGAUCACUUCAUAAAACACACAAAAUUUUCGAAAGAAAACAAAUGCAUAUUGGUCCUUGACAAUCACGAGAGCCAUAUUUCACCCAAAGCCUUAGAAAAAUGUAAGUUAAAUGGCAUUCAUUUAUUAACCUUACCACCUCACAUAAGCCACGAUUACAGCCACUAGAUGUAUCGGUAUUAUAAUGAACAGGCAGAUUCCUGGAUAGUCAGUCAUCGAGGACAAACAGUUUCAUUGAAAAAUGUACCGGAAUUAGUUAGAUUAGCUUAUGUCAGGGCGUUCACACCUUCAAAUAUAACCAAAGGAUUCUCUACAACUGGAAUCCAUCCUUUCAACCCACAUUUAUUUGAAGAUCUCGAUUUUACAAAUAGACCAAAUCAGGAAUUCUUCAUUAUUUGAACAGAAGACAACUUCAAAUACAAAGAACACUUCUUUAAAGGGUAGCACUGCUAUCCAAAGCACCACAUCU